UUUUUGAAACUUCCUUGGCUAUUUUUCUGUAUUCUUUGGAGUUACAGUGCAUGGGAAUUACUACAAGGAAAUGUUCUAGGGGAGACGACGGGAGGAUGUAGGGAUGGUGAAGAAAGCGCAGAACUGGGGCUUAAGGCAACUAUACCACUAGCUGCCGCAGCCCUCCAAAUGGCUCGCAUCCCUGCCGUGUACAUCACUGAUUAUGACCAAGAUCCCCUUCAGGUGGAGCCUUAUUGGGAACCCUAUUAUACUCUGACGAAUGAUGUGGCUGGCGGAGACUCAUCCUCGGAGGGGUGUGGGCGCCUGGGUGUGGGCCUGGAGGAGGAGGGCGAGAUGGCGGCAGCGCCCUUCAAGCAGGUGGUGGUCGGGAUCUGCGCCAUGGAGAAGAAGUCCGGGUCCAAGCCCAUGAAGGAGAUCCUGACGCGGCUGGAGGAGUUUGAGUACCUCAGGCCCGUUAUCUUCCCCGAGGAGGUCAUACUCAAGGAACCUGUAGAAAAAUGGCCAGUAUGUGACUGCCUCAUCAGCUUUCACUCAAAGGGCUUCCCGCUAGAGAAGGCCCAGGCAUAUACAGAUCUGCGUAAGCCAUACAUCAUUAAUAAUCUUGAUAUGCAGUAUGACCUCCAGGACAGAAGAGCUGUGUAUAGCACAUUACAAAGAGAGGGGAUUGAGCUACCAAGAUUUGCCAUUCUGGACAGAGAUUCCAAAGACCCUUCUAAACGGGAACUGAUUGAAGGUGAAGAUCACGUGGAGGUGAAUGGAGUGGUGUUCAACAAACCAUUUGUAGAGAAGCCUGUAUCUGCUGAAGAUCACAACAUCUACAUCUACUAUCCUACUUCAGCAGGGGGAGGAUCCCAGAGGUUGUUCAGAAAGAUUGGUUCCAGGAGCAGUGUCUAUUCUCCAGAAAGCAGAGUUAGAAAAACUGGGUCGUAUAUAUAUGAAGAUUUUAUGCCCACAGAUGGAACAGAUGUCAAGGUAUACACAGUAGGACCUGAUUACGCCCACGCAGAGGCACGGAAAUCACCUGCACUGGAUGGAAAAGUUGAAAGAGAUAGUGAAGGGAAGGAAGUUAGAUACCCUGUGAUAUUAUCCAAUGCAGAAAAAUUAAUAGCAAGAAAAGUGUGUAUUGCAUUUAAGCAGACAGUGUGUGGGUUUGAUUUAUUAAGAGCAAAUGGAAAGUCAUAUGUAUGUGAUGUAAAUGGGUUUAGUUUUGUCAAGAACUCCAGCAAAUACUACGAUGAUUGCGCAAAGAUCCUUGGCAACAUGAUAUUGCGUGAAUUAGCGCCAACAUUCCACAUCCCUUGGGCAAUUCCUUUCCAGCUAGAUGACCCUCCUAUUGUACCAACUACCUUUGGAAAAAUGAUGGAACUGCGAUGUGUGGUUGCUGUUAUCAGACACGGUGACAGAACGCCCAAACAGAAGAUGAAGAUGGAAGUCAGACAUCCCAAAUUCUUUGAGCUCUUUGCCAAAUAUGAUGGUUAUAAAGAUGGUCAUGUCAAGCUGAAAAAGCCCAAACAGCUGCAAGAGGUGCUGGACAUUGCGCGGGGAUUGCUGGCAGAGAUCGAGCAGAACCGCGCAGACCCAGAGACCGAAGAGAAGAAGGGGAAGCUGGAGCAGUUGAAGAGUGUCUUGGAAAUGUAUGGCCACUUUUCGGGUAUCAAUCGCAAAGUUCAACUGAAGUACCAACCGAGAGGGUGGAAGAGACGUUCAAGUAGCGAGGAAGGUGACUCUCCUCGUGAACCCUCUCUUGUGUUGAUCCUGAAGUGGGGUGGAGAACUGACUCCAGCAGGGCGCAUUCAGGCAGAGGAGCUGGGUCGUAUUUUCCGCUGUAUGUACCCCGGAGGCCAAGAACGAUCUGAGUGGAUUGAAGAAUCUUUGGCUGGAUACCAGUGCUCAUUCUCUGCUGCUGUGAUUGAGGAUAUUGGAAAGAUCUACAAGGAGGAAUUUUCCAUUCCGCCUUGUUUAAGCAAGUACGAGGGUCUGAUCUCUAGAAAGUGUGCUGUCAUGCUUUACCUGAAGCAGAUGCCAAGGGGAUAUAGGAAGCUUAUGAUGAAAGAUGAACAAUGGCACCGUGCCAUGGACUACGUAGGUGCAGUGUCAGAGCUGAAUUACCUGAGCCAGAUUGUCAUAAUGCUGUACGAAGACCCAACCAAGGACCCAACCUCAGGUGACAGUGUAAAGCAAGACCACGACCUCACACAAGAAGACAUGGAGAAGCUCAAUCCCACCAACUCAAGGUCCAUCUCAACGGCACUUGAGUUCAUCCAGAACCCAGUUAGGAUGUGUGAACAUGUCUAUGGCCUCAUCAAGAAGCUCAAUGAACGGAUUAAGAUUAGAAAGGAAGAUCAAAAGACUAAGGAAUCCUAUAUGGGGAAAAAAUUACACAAAUUCAGGGUGAAGAACCGUCUCCAUGAGGCCAUGCAGCAAGACCACGACCUCACACAAGAAGACAUGGAGAAGCUCAAUCCCACCAACUCAAGGUCCAUCUCAACGGCACUUGAGUUCAUCCAGAACCCAGUUAGGAUGUGUGAACAUGUCUAUGGCCUCAUCAAGAAGCUCAAUGAACGGAUUAAGAUUAGAAAGGAAGAUCAAAAGACUAAGGACCUGCCCCUGUACCAUGGUGAAUCUUGGGAACUAAUGCAGCGCAGAUGGGCCAAGCUGGAAAAAGACUUCAGAACCAAGAACCGAAACUUUGACAUUUCCAAGAUCCCUGACAUUUAUGAUUGCAUUAAAUAUGACCUUCAACACAAUCACCAUACACUGCAGUUUGAGUAUGCGGAAGAGCUUUACAAAUGUGCAAAGUACUUGGCUGAUGUUGUGAUUCCUCAGGAAUAUGGUAUGACCCAGCAAGAAAAACUGGCCAUCGGUCAAGGCAUCUGCACUCCUCUUUUGAAAAAAAUCCGAGCUGACUUGCAAAGGAAUGUCGGAGAGGAGGAGAGCGAGGAAUAUCAAGGGGAAAGCAUCAACAGGUUAAAUCCAAUAUAUUCCCAUGGGGUCAGCAGUCCAGGCCGCCACGUACGCACAAGGCUUUACUUCACCAGCGAGAGCCACAUCCACUCACUUCUGACCGUUCUCAGAUUUGGAGGAUUAAUAGAUACGAUGAAAGAUGAACAAUGGCACCGUGCCAUGGACUACGUAGGUGCAGUGUCAGAGCUGAAUUACCUGAGCCAGAUUGUCAUAAUGCUGUACGAAGACCCAACCAAGGACCCAACCUCAGGUGACAGGUUCCAUGUUGAGCUGCACUUCAGUCCGGGUGUCAACUGCUGUGUUCACAAGAAUCUGCCUCCAGGACCUGGCUUUCGACCCAAGAGCAGGAACGAACCUCCUCUGUCCCCCAAAGCUGAGGCAGAAAUGAGGCGAGCAAGAGCCACCUCACGCAUUGAGGAAGAGGGCGACCUCCAGUACAUCCUGGAGGAGAUGGGAGAACGUGAUGCAGAAAGGGAGGAGGACAAAGAUGGAGAGAAGAAGGAAAGGGUUCAUUUCCACCCAAGGGGAAGCGUGAGUAUUACAACAGGAGGCUAUGAGCAGGUCCCCCAGUCUUCGUCCUUGUCUCUCGACACGGAUCAGAGGAGUAAGGAUCUCUUGACCCCACCAGCAAAGGUGUUUCCAGAUAAAUAUGUUGAGUUCCCUGAUGGUGUGAUGCAACCAGGAGGUGUAGACACAACUGAUGGAGACAUAACCAUGCCCAACAAGUCUGAGCCAAUACCCAUAUCUAUGAGGUCCCAUUCCGACUGUGGGCUGGUGCCUGUGGAACUGCGAAGACCCUAUCCGAUUUUACGAUCUCUCUCGGAUGGUGCCGCCUCCUACAAGCAAUCACCAGCCCCUGACGCUUCACUCACAAGACCGCGGUCCUUAGAGACGGAAAAUAACCUCAAUCCCGACAGUACUUCUAAGCCAGAAAAGGCCAGCUCCAGUUUAGAUUCGGUCAACGACGAAGAGAGCCUCCGUCGCCACCGCCACAGCAUCCCAGGCCACCUCAGCUCAUACUUGAACUUCCUGGCGGGCUUACAGCAGAAGGCUGUCACUGCCAUCACACCAGCAGUCCCUGUGUUCUCCACGGCAGUCAUCUCGGGCUCCACAUCAGCUCCAGACCUCAGGGAUAACUUUACAGCCCUUCCCUUCUCUACUGACAUUGAAGGCCUUGGAGGUGUUCCUUCCAUCCGACCCCUGGAGACCCUCCACAAUGCUCUCUCCCUGCGACAACUGGACACGUUCUUGGAACGCAUGGCUCUGGCACAGUUCCGCACGCCCCUCUCCUCCCCUCCUAAGAUGCCAUCAACGCCCAAACACCCCCGCUCGCAGCCUCCUCCUCUAGGGUUGCAGUCCCCUUCUUCCAGUAUUGGCUGGUCUGGACCCCCCUCCUUCGUGUCGUCUUCUGGCCCCUCCUCCCCCAACCUCACCACACUGGAGUUCUUCUCACAUGUGCACCAACGCUACGACACCUACAUGCCACCAUCUUCACCCAUGUACCUCAUUUCUGUACCAUCUCACACCACAACUUCAGACACCAUUGUCAACACCACCACAGCUGUAGAACACCCUCUCCAUUCCUGUCUCACUACAAACACCAAAUCCUCAGUCGCUGCCACCAUGACAUCUGUUGCCACACUGCCUACCACAGCCAAGGAGAGUGUACUGGCUGCUUCUCACACUGACAUGACUGCUGUUUCUGCUGCUGCUGCUGCUGCUUCUGUGCCUGUAAAUGAUCUAACCAACUGUGUAUUCCCUGGUUACAAUCAUCAAGAGGUGUUGUUAGGCUCCACUCCACAUGGCAGUGCAGUUGAGUGCAGUAACAGCGAAGUGGAGAUGUUCACCUCAGGAGAAGGAAGUAGUAGUCCUACCUCACCGUCCGAGGGCUCGGAGAGCUUAGGAUCACACUCGCAGACAGAGGUGGCAUCAGUCAUUGAGCGCGGUGACACUGCCACACCAGAUACUCAUAGUGAUGCCCAAGACCCAGAUAAUUCAUGCAGUGAAAGUCAACCAGAUGCAGAUGAAAGAGGUCUGCCCAGUGCUCAAGAGAAAUCUGCCGCCUCGGACUGAAUGUGACCAAAGCUCUUCUAGCAUAUAUUGUCUGUGACUUAGUUUUCCAAGGAUUAUGGCAUCCAAACAGUAUAAAUAAUGUGCAGGUUUCAUUUCUAUAAUUAAUUACACUGAUGCUACUUAAGCAAUAGUUUAAUUGUAACUUAUUUGUGCCAGGUUUUGAAAGUAUUUAAAAGUAAGAUAUUUGGAUGUGAACUUCUUCACAUAAUUGCUAUUUUUUGUAUGUUAAGUUAACCAGCUUAGGUAUUGUUUGAUAAUGUGUGAGCAAGAAGAAAAGUGCUUUCUAUGAUUUUUUUCAUUUGUUCCAUAUGAAAGCAAAAAUUUAGGCUGUGGCUAUUGAUUGCACCUGUUUCCAACAUUUAUUUGCUUUUUUAUACUUGAAUGGAAUUUCUUGCAUCUCUAUGCUUCAGGGGAAUGUAUUUGUAGUUUUUCUCCCUUUUUUGUUAGAAUGUUCAAAGAAAAUAAGAUACUAAGAAAAGCAGCCUUAUAGCACUGUAAUGCAUACCUGAUUUAUCUAAGUUUCAUCUAGCCUGACACUUGAUGUUUUCAUCUCCAAAUUACACCAUCAGGUUGACUUACCUGUUCUAAUUGAUCCUGAUAAUAAUUGUCUUCACCUGUUUGAAUCUAACUGACCUGACUUAACCAGACCCAGCUGAAUGUGAAGUAACCCACCUGAGUUUACCUCAUGGCAGCCAUAGGUAACCUAGCCUGUCCUUGUCCAGCUUGAUCUAACCAAACCUAACCUAACCCAUACCAACCAAAAUUAUCCAUGCUAGCCUAACGAAACUUAACUUAAAUCUAGAUCUCCAAGAUUGUAUUAGCUGGAUAGGGAUUUGAGGCUGACCAUUAUAUAUAUAUAUAUAUAUAUAUAUA